GACAUGGAAGGGCUGUCACUGCACCGCUUCCCUUGGUUAUUCAGCGCUCAUGACGUCCACUGAAGCUCCAAAUCAUGCAUUGAAAUCGAAACCGGGGGCCGUGCGUUCUCUGCUCCGAAACCUUUCCGAAGGGUCAAAAACCAAUGCAUGCCCAUCGUUAGCUGUCGUUCACGUCAGGGUUCUGAACCGAGGCAACUGGCCCGAUGUAUCCUCAUCUCGUUCCCCGCAUCAACUUUGACUUCCUGCGCCCGUUACUUUACACGUUGCAAACAACCCCGUUUAACAUUGGCAUGCUCUGCUACGUUCCACCUUUGUCAAGGGCUGACUCGGCCAGGUUCUUUGCAAACGACGGGUCCGACUCGGUCAUUUGCUGACACGCAUUUCUUCUCAACCGAUGAUAGCUCCGACAGCGAAGCCAGUUUGCUGCCUUCGUUCUUGUCCCCCUGCACGUCGGCAAGGCGAAAUGCAUUUAGCCUUAAAGAGGGCCAAAUAAAUGGGAUGACAACGACGAAAGGCCUGCUGGUUCCGCUUGGAAUUCCAAGUGCAGAUUUUCAUGCCGAACGAAGUCAAUCUGUUCGGAAUGUGGCUCCUCGUGCUUGCAGCAUCCCCAGUCCUCAAAGUGGCAAGAUAUCUGCCAGUCUCAACAACGCUUAUCACUGGGCCAUAGCAGCUACCACGGACAAAUCUAGGCAGGGCGGAUCAAGCUGGAAUCGGGAAAUAGUGUGCUCAUGGUCUAUGUCGGUGAGCUUGAUGAUACCGUUACCAGAACUACCGUGCUGCGCAUCUCACAAUGAUUAGGCUUCGUAAUUUGGCCUCCUGCGCACCCCACCUAUUAACUUUCUUUGAACACUCCCCAGUAUGGUGGGGUCACUGCAGAAGUAGAGAGAGGGCCAUAAAGGGGCGAUGG